GGUGUAGGAAGGAAGCACUUUUCAUAGUUCAAAUUUAAAUGAUUUUAAGGAAAGGAGAAAGUUUUUGUGUUAAUGGGAAGGUUCUAUUACAAAGUCUUACAUAUGGGAAGUUUAUCUUUCAUUCUAGAAAAUUUUUUGGUUAUUUUUCUUUUUCACGAAUCCUCUUAGGUUUGCAUGGUCAUAUACGUUUGGGAUCAGCUCAUUGGGAAAAGGAAAUGUAAAUUAAUAGGGUAGUGUACCAUUUUUGACGUUAUAUGAAUUGGCUCUUUUCGAAUACAUGCGCGCAUACCAACGCAUUACAUAAUUUGUCUAUGUUUUCAUAUUCACUGUUUAUUUU